AUGACUGCUAUAAAUUGGAAAACUCUAAAGUUAAACAGCAUCAGUUUGCAAUACAACUCAACACUAUUUAGACACUCCUCUACUAACGGUGAGUGGUUGGCUGAGCUGACUGACAUUUCAGCAUUCAGUGUACGUGACAUUAUCGAAACACUUCGUAUUUCUUUCAAACAACAAAUAACGAAAACAAAAGCAAACAACAAUAAUUCUCCUCAUAUGUCGCCACCAACACCCAGUUACACGUUUGUCACUUCAGCCGGACAAAGGCAAUUUUUUCAUCGUUGGCAUUUUGAGAAUAACGAAGUCAUCGAAUGUAAUAAAUGCGGUACCAUAUGCAAGGAAAACGAUGCCUACAGCCAACACUGGCACCAGCAAAAACUCAAACUCAGUGAAGUUGGUGAUGAACUCAAUACCUGGCUGAGGACACCCAUAAUGGAGCAGCAGCCUGCCAUUGUCAGCAAGAACAUUGAGUCCUUUAUGUUGUGCGAUGGCAAUGUUGUAAGUGAUACACAACAAUUUCUACUAGAUGCUGGCAUAACAGCCAUACCGGAUCUAUUGAGCGUUCUCUAUGCCACCGACGGUUGCAAGGAACUAAUGGUGAAGUUGAGAUUCUAUGUGGAAAUUGAAGAUGAUAUGUUUAUGUUACAAUCAACUGAAUUGGAGAUAAAACAUCACAGUGAUAUACGAGAAAGUGUGGAUGUGAUAUUUUUGAUGUUAUUGGAAAAAUUGAGAACAUUUAUGACAUGUAUGCCGAGGAGGCGACAUGGCUUGCAGCAAGAAGGAAUAUACAGAAUCAAAAGAAUUCUGGUGCAGGCUCGGAGAAGACAAUAUGUAAAUAAUGAACAACUACAGCUGCCUUUAAAAUACAAACGUAAGCAGGCAAUGCUGCAGGAAACAGAAACUGAAUUGAAAGAGAAUAAAACUGAUUUAAAACAUCUAUCUAUGGCCUUUCAAAACCACCUAAACUCUGGACAAACAGCUCAUUUCAAGCCACCCUUUCCCUGCAAUCUCUAUUGCUUUCAAACUUGCACCAACUCCCUGGAACUGUAUACCGUUCCCUAUCACAUCAGCCAUAAGCCGGAAAAAUUUCUCAGCACACGCAGUUUCAUUAUACUCCAUGAUAUAUUGGGGAAUUUUCAACAGCUCCAGGAAAUUACUAAUAUUAAACGAUUUCUGCAUCACUGUGCCGAGGAUAAGGUCUUAAGCUGUUCUCAGUGUCUGGCGAAAUUUAUGGAGCCCACAAAGCUGGCUUUGCAUAAAAUCUUAAAUUGUGGCCAUGAUUUCGAGAUUUUGAAAAUUGAUCGGGAUUUCAUUGAGAUCUAUGAGGAGUGUCUGGAAAUUAUGCGUUGUACAAAAUGGUUGUUAUUCGGUAUUGUUAAAUAA